AUGCACGUGUUUUUUUUUAUAUCUUGGUUUCAUCUAAUGAAGCAAGUGUCUGCCCUGGCCCUCGUCUUGUCAUCGAUCAUCUUAAUUCAACAAGUUCUACCGAUUCCGCCUGAUUUCUUUCGAAUCGAGCGCAGAAUGAACCGAAACGUUGAAAACAAUCAGUUCUUAAAUAAUUAUCGUUCGAGAGGUGAUUUCGAAGAUGUCUCAAGUUUAAUCUGCAGCUACUGUUCGUCAAUCAAUUACAUUUCGGAAGCCACUUGCAAAAAAAAUUUGGCGAACGAAAAAAAAUCCUGUGCCAUAGCGUUGCUGGCAGAAUUGAACAGGGACGGAGAUGUAAAGAACGUUUAUUAA